AUGCUACUAGCUGUCUUCAUCGCCAACGCAGACGGGUCGAUCGUAAUGGCCACACAUGCGGUCAUCGCCUCCGAAUUCAUGGCCCUCGAGUCCUCGAGCUGGCUAUACACCGGGUUCAUGCUGGCCUCGACGGCGUCACAGACGACUUUCGGCCAGCUCAGCGAGAUCUUCGGGAGGAAGUCGAUCAUCAUCCUCUGCUACGCGGUUUUUGGCCUGGGCUGCCUCAUCGUCGGAGCUGCGCAGUCCAUGCGAACCGCCAUCGCCGGGAGAGUCAUCUCCGGAGCCGUCAGCGCAGGGUCAAAUGUGCUCGUGUCCUUGGUCAUCACGGAUCUUCUCCCCGUGCGAGAAGUCGCGACCUGGAGGUCUUAUGUCAACGUAGUUGCUGUGAGCGGACGCUGCAUUGGUGGCCCCCUUGGAGGCUGGCUGGCUGAUCUAAUUGGCUGGAGGCUGUCCUUUAUCGGCCAAGCUCCCAUCUUCGCGGACUCGGUAGCCAUGCAAUCCAAGUUCGGCAAGCUCCGUCAAGUAGACUUGGUGGGUUCCGCACUUUUGGCGUCUUUCCUGAUACUUAUUUUGCUGCCUCUGGAGAUUGGAGGGAAUAAGAUCCCUUGGACAGAUGCUCUGAUACCGACCCUCUUUGGCGCCGGGGGACUGUGUCUGAUUUUGUUCGUCGUCGUCGAGAAGUGGUGGGCGACCAACCCACUUUUACCACUCAAUCUAUUCUGCAGUCGGCAUACUGUUGUAUCUUUCCUCGUGCUGGCUCUGCAAUGUGCUGCUCAGCUAGGAAUGAUGUUCUCCGUUCCUCUUUACUUUCAGGUCACGCAGAAGAUGUCUAAUACUGCAGCUGGAGCUCAUCUUAUGCCAGCGGUCAUUGGCAACGCUGUUGGAGGUAUAAUAUCUGGAUGUUUCAUUCGAAACACCGGCAGAUACAAAUGGCUCAUCUAUCUUGCUACCUUAAUGUCUGCCAGCGCUUACACGCUACUACUAUUGCGCUGGCAUGGUAGGACCAACUGGUUGGAGAGCCUAUACAUUUUCCCAGGCGGCUUUGGAACUGGCGUUGCGCUCUCUGCCGUCUUCAUCGCCGUCCAAGCCUCUGUCGACAAGUCACAGGUUGCUCCGGCUAUCUCGGCCCUGUAUCUCGCCUCAGGGUUCGGUACUGUUGUCGGCCUUGCUGUUGGAAGGUGCGAGGGUCAUAUGCCCAUAUGCUAG